AAGCUGGUGUGGAUAUACGCCGGCAUCCACUUCACGGCACCAUAGCUUUCCCUGCAUAAAGUGAAUAAAAUAGUUCCCAAGGCCAAAGCCCAACUACGACAUAUAUAUCUAUAUAUAUAGCAACGCGCUAAAGCCUUUCUUCAAACGUCUCCCUCGGCUUCGAUUCUGUUCUAUUCAUUUCCUCUCCAUUUUCUAUAUACAAAUAAAAUCAAAAUCAGUAUUUGAAUUCUUAUACUUAGAAAAAAACAGAUGCCGAUCUCAGCGGAUCUAUUGGAGGUAGUUGGAAGACCGGUGUGCAGAAAUGGAGUUUGGCAUGAUGAAUUGCUUCCUGUUAUCAAUGAUGACCAUGGAGGUGUCAUUAUAGAAAUGAAGGAGCAUAUGGACACUGAAACCUUUCUUACCAUGCUCAGAGCUUCCAUGUUGCAGUGGAAGCAACAGGGUAAAAAGGGAGUUUGGAUUAAAUUGCCUAUUGGACUCAUACAUCUAGUCGAAACUGCAGUGAAGGAGGGGUUCAGAUACCACCAUGCUGAGCCAAGUUACCUCAUGCUCGUGUUCUGGAUUCCUAAGACCCCUAGCACUAUCCCUGGAAAUGCAACACACCGAGUAGGUGUUGGUGCAAUUAUCUUGAAUGAUAAAAGAGAGGUGCUCGUAGUUCAGGAAAAGAGUGGUCUUCUUCAAGGAACAGGCAUAUGGAAAAUUCCUACUGGGGUUGUUGAAGAGGGCGAGGAAAUUUUUGUGGCAGCAAUGAGAGAAGUAAAAGAAGAGACAGGAAUUGACACAGAGUUCGUGGAGGUCCUAGGAUUCAGGCAAACACAUAAGUCUUUUUUCGAGAAGUCAGAUCUAUUUUUCAUAUGCAUGUUGCAUCCACUAUCCUUCGACAUACAGAAGCAAGAGCUGGAAAUUGAGGCAGCCCAGUGGAUGCCAUUUGAAGAAUAUGCAGCUCAGCCUUUUGCCCAGAAGCAUGAGCUUUUCCGAUACGUUAAUGAAUUAUGCUUAGCAAAGGUAGACAGAAGCUAUACUGGGUUUUCUCCUCGGCCUACUGUAUCGAUUUUCAGCGAUCAUUCAUCUUUCCUUUAUUUGAACAAUCAGGACCUGGACAAGUCAAGGUCUGUGAAUAACCCUGAAGAGCAAAACUAGGUCGAUUAUAUACCAUUGAGUUUACUAGGGAACUCUAUUAGUUUUUUUUACCUAUUUAUUGACCCCUUUUUCUCCAUCCUCUCUUUAUCUCUUUCUGAUAAAAAAAAAAAAAAAAAGCAGUGGUGGCAAAAAGUUCUUAGUCUUAUUUAUUCUAUAAUUUGAUUUACUGAAUACAUAUGUCUCACCAUGCACACAAUGAAUGGGAACAUCAUCUGAUAGGCUCAUUUUAGACAUAGAUUUUGCUACAAGAAAUAAUAUUAGGAGGUAAUUUUAGUAUCCUUUCCGCUAGGGGUCAAAUUUGCUUAUGGCUUAAUUGUUGCUACAAUUUAUGUAUUGUUAUAGUCAAUAUAUGUUGACAUGAAUAACAGAAUAUUUUGUCUUAGCAUUUUUCAA